GGGUAGGAUUAGAGCCAGGCACCAAGGUUGAGGUGCCCAACCUGACGCGCUACCCUUACGACGAGUGGAAUGGACGGGGCGCCUGCAUCGUCUGUCCCCCGUGCGCGGCGUGCCCGGGGUUCUUCACGUGCCCGAUCCAGUGUCCGCUCUUCUUUCCGUGCACGAUCUGCCUGCCAUUCCUCAAGAAGCCGCCGUGCGGCCUGCCGAAGAUGAACCCGUGCUGCAAGCUCACCUACCUGUGCAAGCCGGUCGAGAUGGCGUGCUCCAAGCCGUGCCUCGUGAUCCACACGUGCAACAUCGCGUGCUGCUGCUCGCUGCCCAGCUGCCCCUCGUGCUGCGGCUUCAAGACGAUCGGGCUGGACUGCAAGUGCUGCCACUGCACCUGGUCCUUCUGCCCGUCGUGCUGCCCUGCGCCGUGCUGCGCGACUGAGGCGUUCACGGAGGCGCUCCACAUCACACGCUCGCCGGUCGUCUCGAGCAGCACGGGCGCACAGAAGGGCGCGGGCGCGGCUGGCGCACCCCCCGUCGAGAACGAGAUGGAGCGCUAAGAGUUGUGAGCGCCGUCCGAACAGAGUAUGCACCUCUCGGCGGCUGCGUGCGGUCGAGUCGCGACAAGCAUGCGAUCUUGCCAUUCAUCAUCUGCCGAGAGCGGGUUUGCUUGCCUGACACCUUCCCUCUCGCUUGUGCACUCGCACAAAUGAUCUCCCCGAACAUCCUUCCCUGAUCUCGCUCGUCGUUCUCCGGUGCCAUGCACGUGCCCGCUGCAUCACACGUUGCAUCCAGAUCCAGCGCACUGGUCGCACACUGCGUCGCACGCUGGGUCCGGCUCCCAUGAGGUGCCGCAUGUUUUGGUAUUCACACUAAUAUC